GACUUGUUCUCGAUGAUGAUUCCUUUCCCUCGAAGAACUUCCCUUCCCGGUCACGUAACCCACCUCGCUACUGGCCCAACAACAGCCAGAAGGAAAAAAGCUUUUGUAGCUAACCAUCGUCAGUUUGUUUGUUGAGCCUUCACAUUGGAAAACAACUCUCGAUCUUCCUCGUCCCUCCUCUGCGUUCACCCGUUUCUCGUGUUGUUUCCGCAUCUCUCAUGGGAAUGCAGGUUCCCUUCUGUUCUCUCCCGUGGCAAGGUCGGUUUCGCGCGGCUCUCGACGGGAACUGAUGAACGGUAAGGCGGAUGCUGCCGCGGCCGGAUCCGGCGUGGGGGUCCUCGAACCCUUGUUGGAUCGGGGCGCGAGGAAGUUCAUCAAGAGGAAGGACAGCGACGCCGGGGACGCGGGUCGAGCGCUGGAAGAGUUCAGAAGCUCUCUCCACAAUGAGCUCUGCACGUCGGAAGGCGCCAAGCGCCAACAGCAACGGUUCUGUGGCCCGGUCGUAGCAAUGACCUUCAACUUCAUGGUUGCAGUGGGGAUCAUCCUCACGAAUAAAUCGGUGAUGGGGAAAAUCGGGUUCAACUUUCCGAUUUUCCUCACGCUGAUCCACUAUUGCACCGCCUGGGUUCUGAUGGCGAUUUUCAAGGCGCUGUCGCUGCUGCCGGUGUCGCCCCCGUCCAAAACCACGCCUUUCUCUUCCAUUUUCGCAUUAGGAGCUGUCAUGUCCUUUGCCACCGGCCUCGCCAACGCCAGCCUGAAGCACAACAGUGUUGGAUUCUACCAAAUGGCUAAGAUAGCAGUUACUCCAACCAUUGUCCUCUCUGAGUUCGUGCUUUUCAAGAAGAGGAUUUCCUCGGAAAAGGUCUUGGCAUUGGUAGUCGUUUCGCUCGGCGUGGCUGUUGCGACCGUGACGGAUGUGGAGUUCAAUGUGUACGGCUUUUGCAUCGCUGUUAUUUGGAUAAUCCCCAGCGCAAUAAAUAAGAUCCUCUGGUCUAACCUGCAACAGCAAAGCAAUUGGACCGCCUUAGCGUUGAUGUGGAAGACUACCCCGAUCACUAUCUUUUUCCUGUUGCCGCUGAUGCCAUUGCUGGACCCUCCGGGAGUGCUAUCUUUCAACUGGGACCUGCGAAACUCGAGCGCGAUCUUGAUCUCGGCUCUCUUAGGCUUUCUCCUGCAGUGGUCCGGCGCAUUGGCUUUAGGCGCGACCUCGGCCACUUCUCACGUCGUUUUAGGACAGUUCAAAACGUGCGUGAUCCUCCUCGGGGGCUACAUCUUCUUCCACUCCGAUCCGGGGUCGGCGAGCAUCUGCGGAGCCGCCGCGGCGCUCUGCGGGAUGUCGGUCUACACGUCUCUGAAUUUGAAGGGACCCUUGGAGACAUCGAGGAAGCGCCUUCCGAAGCAGACAUUGCCUGUAUCAACCAAGUCGCUCGGUGAACAAACUUCAGAGCCCGAUGUACAUAACCCCGCAAAUAUUGCCUGAAAUUUGACCAUUAGAUUAGCGCAUUUUUCUGUGAAUCUAGAGAUUAUCUUGUUUAGCUUUCGAUUUAAAUUGUUUCUUACGAGUUUUAGGAUUUGAGAGUAUUCGAGGAAUACCAUUGAAUAUAGGAAAGUUCAUUCCGCG